UUAUGUAGAUGGAUUAAAAAAAUUUUUGAAUGCAUGUGCACAAUGUCAACAGAUGCUAAAUAAACUCUCAAAGUCAUUGAUCAGAAUAAUCAGUAAUGGGUCAUGAGCAAAACUGCCUGCCACAGCUAAUAUUCGAUCUCGUCCUUCAACAAACAUCUUGCGUGGAGAGAAGGUCACGGCCUGCGAUCUUACUUUGGCCAGCAUAAAUAAAACCAAGGUGGAUCUCAAAUGUCAUUUGAUACGUCCUCUUCCACCCAACUAGUCAACCUUUUGAGACACAAUCAUCAGUUGCAUUCCAUCCAAAAGCAAGAAUGCGAAACAAUUGGUCCUGCCCAAGAAUCACCCAGGCGUCGGCGAGCUGGACUUUGGCCUGCGUAUGAAGAAAAACAAAUGCAGCAACAAGACCCAAAAGGGAAAAAAAAAUGGUCCCAUCCGAUCAUGAGCUUCUCAGACGACUUAAAGAUGUAUCAAGGGGUGACUCUGGGCGGGGUCCACACCGUAGAGGACGUACUGGGUGAGGGCACCUUCGGGGUGGUGGUCAAGUGCCGCAACACAGAGACCGACACCACGGUGGCGGCCAUCAAGGUUUUCAAGAACCACCAAAAUUCCGUGAACAACGCCAAGGAGGAAAUCUGCAUCCUAAAGCAGCUGUGGAGUCUGGAUCCCGACAAGUGCAACAUUGUCCGGUGGGAAGGCUUCUUCUUCCACAAAGAGAAUAUCUGCCUGAGUUUUGAACUCCUCGACCAGAACCUGCGGGAGUUCAUGCAGCAUCACAGUGCACUUUCCAUCCAGCAGCUUCGACCCGUGGUGCAUCAAUUGGCCACCGCGCUGUCUCACAUGAGCAAGAUCGGGCUCGUCCACGCUGACAUCAAACCGGAGAACAUCAUGGUGGUGGAUCGCCGACAGAAGCCACUCAAAGUCAAGCUGGCCGACUUUGGCCUGGCCAAAAACGUGUCGGACAUUGUGCCGGGAGAUUGCGUGCAGACCUUGUGGUACCGGGCGCCCGAAGUCAUUCUGGGGAUUCCCUUCAACGAGACAGUGGAUGUCUGGUCAUUGGGAUUAGUCGCCGUGGAGCUCGCCACGGGCCAGCCUCUGUAUCCCGGGAGGACAGAGUACGACAUUUUGAACUUUGUCACCAACACCCAGGGACAGCCAGCAGAUUACGUGCUGGAUCGCGGGAAGGAAGUGGAUCAAUACUUCCGCAAGGAGUGCACCGGGGUACACAGGUGGAAGCUCAAGUCACCUGAACAGUUCGCCAAGGAGACUGGAUGCCAACCCAAAUGCGCCAGAUCGCUUAUACUCAACUCGCUGGAUGAGUUGAAGAUGGUCAUGGUGGACAUUGUUGGACAACAAUGCACUGAGCAACUCUUUGUUCGCUUGGUGAAGAAGAUGCUGGACCUGGAUCCCAAUCUGAGGGUCAAGUCCGAGAAGGUUCUGCUGCACCCAUUUUUCCAUAGCUGCCCUUCCUGUAGUGGCCAGACCGUGAGCUCCAUUGAUAAAGUCUCCAGUGAGGAGACACCCUGCCAGGUCGACGAACGUUCGGCGCCAUCCCAGAAAGACUCCUUUCUUCCAGAAACUCCCCCAACUCAAAACGAUCCUGUCCCUUUGGAGAUCUCGAGGGACAAUCUGGUUGGGCCUAAAGUAGAUGACAGAGACGGUAGCUGCCUGGGAAGAUUAUCCAGAAAGAUUGUCGCGGCUUUACAGAAGAUCACUACAGUUUUUGUCAAGAUUAAAUUGUAUAGCAGUGCCCCCACUUCCCAACAAUAGCUUAUUGCCCCAGGGUACAUAUCAUAAAAAACAAACGAAAAAAAAACAAAAACAAAAACGUGGGAAGGGUUAUGGUGCCUGUGCGACUUUGUGGUACAGGAUGUCUCCAGUUGAUUUGGAAUCCCCUUCAAUGAGAUGGAUGGAUUUCAGGAUUGAAAAAGACCCAAUCUGACUGCAACAUCCCAAUUUCUCAAUAGUUUACCUCUACUCAGAAGGAUUCUUGCAAAAAAACUGCAUACAGUACAUGAUGGUAGUGACUUCGGGAAGCGAUAUUAUACCUGGAGACAUUGUGGUAUUCCCCAAGUCAUUGCUUUUCCAUUCAACUCUCC